GGGCGGGGCACCAGUCGGCGAACGUCUGCCGAGCCCCGCGGACACGACUGUCGCUCUGAGCCCUGCCCGCCCGCCCGCGUCGCUCCCACCGGCCCCAUGCUGAAGAAGCCGGGUCGCCGGGCCCUCCUCUGCCUCCUGGCGACGGCCGUGCUGGCGCAAGCACUGGGCCAGGACAGCGCGCGCAGCCAUGAAGAAGAGAAAGAAGAGGACAAGAGGGUGUUUGGUGGCGGCAAAGAGCGCAAAUACAUCUCCCACCCAAAAACAUCUGGCCUGCGAGGGCGCUCAAAAGCCAGAAGCGGGCUGAAAACAAGUGGCUCAUCAUUGAUACAGGGUUGCCCGCGCCCAGAGGCGCCAGUGAAUGCAAAACUUUCCUGCACAGCCAUCAGCGGCUGCUCCGUGACGUGCUUCCAGGGCUACAAGCUGCCCAACGGCAGCACGAGACUGUCGCUGGCGUGCGAGCAGGGCCAGUGGGAGGUGCGCGGCACCGAGUGGGACCGCGUUCCCCCGUGCGAGCCCAUCUGCGACCCGGGGUGCCAGAACAGUGGCAUCUGCACGGCGCCGGACCGGUGCGACUGCCCGGAGAACUACGGCGGGCCGCAGUGCCAGUACCAGAUCAGCCCCUGCCUCAACUUCCCCCGUCUCCCGGACAACGUGCGCAGGACGUGCUCAUCCAGGACCUGUACCCUGUCCUGCAUCGACGAACAUCACCGCUUCCCGGACGGCUCCUCCGUGACCAACAUGUUGUGCAAGGACGGUGUCUGGACUCCCGCUCGCCCGGACUGGGUUUCGGUGCCCUCUUGCAAACCGACUUGCGAGCCGCCGUGCGAGAACGGAGGAGAGUGCCUGUCGCACAACUUGUGCGAGUGCCCGCAGGACUUCCGCGGCCCUCAGUGCCAGUACGACAAGGGCCGGUGCACGAUGGACAAGCUGAGGCAGGCGUUCAACGGGGGGAUGUCGUGCGCGGGCUCGAUGGACCAGCUCUCGUGCUCGCUGUCGUGUCCCGUCGGCACGGUGUUCGAGCAGCCCCCGGCCUCGCAGUACACCUGCCUCUUCUCCGAGGGCGUGUUCCGGCCGCAGCCCCCUCGCUGCAUCGCAGUGAGGCCGGAUGUGGAGAUAAUGGACCUGGCGGCGGGGGGGGGCAGCUUCGGGAACUUCACCCAGCGCCGGACGUACAGCUCCAGCUACUCCAGCUCCAGCUCGCACGCGACCAACACCAGCUGGACGGACCUCCUGUCGCAGCACGGCGUCGUCUUCACGGACCUCGUCGCCCCGCCCCGCCCGGCCGCCACCGAGAAGCUGCCCUCCCCGGGCGUCUGCUGCACCUGGUCCGGGGACCACUACAAGACGUUCGACGGCCGCGUUCUCAGCUUUCGCAGCAACUGUUCGUAUACCUUAGUGCGUGAUUCAGUUGAUGGAACAUUUAGUGUCAACUUGGAAUGGGAGAAUGAUCAUCGGAAAGUGGUCGUGUACGCGCAAGACAGAGAGUACUCGCUCACGUUGACACCAUACGACGUUCCAGUCCUGAUGUUUGGGUCCCGCCAAGUGACCAUCCCCGCCUCCUUGACUGGAGUCAGUGUGGAGAUCCAAGGGAACUAUGUUAUCCUCUCGCUGACGGCGCUGGGAGUCACCGUCAAGUGGGACGGCAGUGCGUUUGUGUCGGUGGGCGUGACCCAGGCGAUGUGGAACCGGACCGCUGGCCUGUGUGGCCGUAUCGACGGCUACCAAGAAAACGACUUGGAAAGCAAAGCUGGCUCGAUUCCAAAACGACUCAUCACUUUUGUUGACAGCUGGAAGGUGGAGAAACUAGAAGAAACUUGUGGGACUGUUCCAUCCGACGAACACACCUGUAACGUCUCGCCUGACGGAGAUAACUCCUUGGUGACGGAGGCCAAGCAGUUCUGUAGCAAGCUGUUCACCAGUCCCAGCCUAGCACACUGUGUAUCAGUGGUAGAGUUCGAUCUGUACUUCGAAGCUUGUCGUUGGGACUACUGCGGGUGCACAGAGGCCGAUCGUAGUCUGUGCGCUUGCAACUCGCUGGCGGUGUACGUCCGAGAGUGCAACAGGCUCGGAGAUAAGACCAUAGUGAACUGGAGAGCUGAUUCCCUGUGUCCUGUGAACUGCACCGGCGGCAGGAAGUACUCCUCGUGCGCGCCCAACGUGGUGGCGACGUGCGGCUCGGCGAACGAGCUGUCAGCGAGCGCGGACCGGUGCGAGGAGGGCUGCUACUGCCCCGAGGGGACGGUGCUGCACGACCAGCGCUGCAUCCUGAAGGAGCGGUGCCCCUGCCAGCUGAGGGGCAGGACCUUCGCCCCCGGCGAGUCCAUCCCCAAGGGCUGCAACACCUGCCAGUGCGUCGGCGGGCAGUGGCAGUGCACCCAGGCGAACUGCGGUGCCCGUUGCAGCGCCGUGGGGGACCCCCACUACGUCACGUUCGACGGCCGUCACUUCGACUUCAUGGGCAAGUGCUCUUACUACCUGGUCAAGGGCAGCAACUACAGCGUCGAGGCGGAGAACGUCGCUUGCGCCGGCAGCAUUUCCGAGAAUAUGGGUUUUUCAUCUUUUUUGUCGUCCACAUAUCCGUCGUGCUCGAAGACGGUCACUAUUCGACUGGGCGAUAGGUACAUCAAGCUGCAACAGAACAGGGAAGUGUCUGUCAACGGUAGAGAAGUGAAGCAGAUGCCUUUCACCAUGGACGGAGCCACCAUUCGUGUAGCUUCGUCUAUUUUCCUCAUUGUUGAGUUGCCGAACGGCCUUGAGCUGUGGUGGGACGGACUGACGAGACUGUACAUUGACGCUCCUGCGUCUCUGAAGGACCAAACCAAGGGACUUUGCGGGACGUUCAAUCACAACCAGAACGACGACUUCCUGACCCCAGAGAACGACGUGGAGCAGUCGGUGGUAUCGUUUGCCAACAAGUGGAAAACUCAGGAGGCUUGCGACGACCUGCCGGAGAAGGUGGGGACCCAUCCGUGUCAGAUCAACAUCCAGAACAAAGCGUCAGCCGAGGCCUUUUGCGGGAAGUUGAAGGGUCCCCUGUUUGCCGGCUGCCACUGGUCAGUGGAUCCGGAGACGUACUACCAGGACUGCUUGUACGACCUGUGCUCCUGCGAAGGGAAGAUCGGCCAGUGCCUGUGCCCGAUACUGGCCUCCUACGCCAAGGAGUGCUCCAAUCACGGCCUGCUGAUAGACUUCAGGAACGAGAUAGCCGAAUGCAGCGUGACGUGCCCCGGGGGCCAGCGGUACCAGGUGUGCGGCAACUCCUGCGCGCGGUCGUGCUUCGACAUCACCCGCCACCCGGGGUGCCGGCGGCAGUGCGUGGAGGGCUGCAACUGCCCCGAGGACCAGACGCUGGACGGCGACGGGGAGUGCGUCCCCGUGGCGCACUGCAGCUGCCACAGCAACGGGGUGGACCACCCCGCCGGCUACAAGGAGGUGCGGCCAGGGGCCCGCGGCCUCGAGCUGUGUUCUUGUGUGAAUGCUGUGUGGGACUGCCACUUGGCGACCGAGGAAGAAAUAGAGAAAAAUCCGGACUCCAACGCCCAGAACUGCAGCAUCGCAGGCCAUGAAGUGUACACGCCGUGCGAACCUGUUGAGCCAGUCACGUGUAAGAACAUGCACAGCCCUCCGGAGUACUCUCCGGCCAAGUGCGUGCCGGGAUGCGAGUGCGGGAAGGGCUACGUGCGGGACUCCCACACCAGGGAGUGCGUGCUGCCGUCAGAGUGCCCGUGCCACCACGGCGGCAAGAGCUACCCUGACGGCCACGGGAUGCAGGAGGACUGCAACGUGUGCACGUGCAAAGGGGGCAAGUGGGACUGCACUGCGCGGCAGUGCUCGGGCGUGUGCACGGCCUGGGGCGACUCGCACUUCAAGACGUUCGACGGCAAGAUCUACGACUUCUACGGCAACUGCAACUACAUGCUCGCAAAGGGCAGCUUGGGGAACCAGGACUUGUUCGACAUCUUCAUACAGAAUGUGCCUUGCAGCUCGAGCGGUAUAACUUGCUCCAAGUCCGUCACGCUGAAGGUUGGCGACGGCAGCAAGCAGGAGACAGUGACGUUUGUGAGGGACGAACCCCUGCCCUCGUUCAAGGAACUGGACAGGAUCACGGUGCGGGAGGCAGGCUUGUUCGUCUUCGCGGAGGUGUACGACUUGGGCCUGGUCGUCCAGUGGGACCGUGCCACGCGCGUCUACAUCAAAGUGGAUCCUCGUUGGCUGGACAAGGUGAACGGCUUGUGCGGGAACUACAACAAUGACCAGCUUGAUGACUUCCAGUCUCCGAACGGGGGAGCUAGUGAAGUUUCUCCCGUGUUGUUCGGAGAUUCUUGGAAGCUUCAAUCGUACUGCCCAACAGCUUUAGAAGUAGAAGAUGCGUGCUCCCUGCACCCUCAGAGGAAGGUGCACGCGCUGAAGAAGUGCGGCGUCCUCAAGUCGAAGGUGUUCCAGCCGUGCCACUCGGAAGUUCCGCUGGAACCGUACUUGGACAGGUGUAUUUUCGACACAUGUGCUUGUGACCUGGGAGGCGAUUGUGAGUGUCUCUGCACAGCGAUCUCUGCAUAUGCUCAGGAGUGCAACAUACGGGGCGUUCCAAUCAAGUGGAGAACACAACAACUCUGUCCCAUCCAAUGCGACGAGAAGUGCUCCCACUACAGUCCGUGCGUGGAGACGUGUCCCAAGGAGACGUGCGACAACCACCUGGUAUACAACAGCCUCACGCACCUCUGCAAGGAAGAUUCCUGCGUCGAAGGUUGUGAGAUAAAGCCGUGCCCAGCGGGUCAGAUCUACAGCAACCUGACGAGUUUGGAGUGCGUGCCGGAGGCGAAGUGCGAGACCGUGUGUCUGCAGGUGGGCGACGUGACCUUCAAGGAAGGUGACGUGAUGGAGCAGGACGAAUGUCACACUUGUUUUUGCAGUCGCCACAAGAAGAUAUGCAAGGGCAAACCCUGUGCAUCAAUCGCACCUCCGACCAGCACCAGUAUGCCGGGAACGCAGCCGCUGGAAUGCAAGUCGGGUUGGACUUCCUGGAUCAGCACCAACGUCCCAGGGAAGAAGCAGUCUGAAGAAGAACCGAUUCCUUCCCAUCACUACUUGCUGGCGGCCAGAAGUCCCGCGGCGUGCGACCCCUCCGAGGUGACGGAGGUCAACUGCCGGGUGGUGGGGACACACGAGGACUACAGCGACAGGAUGGGCAGGAGCGCGGUCACGUGCUCGCGCGAGACGGGGCUGCGCUGCGAGAGGAACUGCGACGACUACGAGAUACAAGUUUAUUGUUUCUGCGGCACGAAACCUGUAACAUCUACUUCAACUAAUGUUUUCACCCCAACAGGUACAAGAACUACAAACCCAUGGAAAACAUCAACAAAACAAUCAGAAACAACUCCAGCCACUGUAGUACCGGGCAAAGUGUGUGACGUGGCUAAACCCAACAGUCCUCACCUCACGGACUGCCGGCUGUUCUACCAGUGUGUGGACACCCCUGCUGGGGCGCAGCAGGUGCAGAAGAGGUGUGGUCCGGGCACUUGGUACAACCCUGUCAGCAUGGUGUGUGACUGGCCCCAGGUGGUGCAGCCUCUACGCCCGGAGUGUGCCAGUACUAGAACUACACACCCAUGGGAAAUAUCAUCAACUGAACUUCCAGAAACAACUCCAGCCACUGUAGUACCGGGCAAAGUGUGUGACGUGGCUAAACCCAACAUUCCUCACCCCACGGACUGCCGGCUGUUCUACCAGUGUGUGGACACCCCUGCUGGGGCGCAGCAGGUGCAGAAGAGGUGUGGUCCGGGCACUUGGUACAACCCUGUCAGCAUGGUGUGUGACUGGCCCCAGGUGGUGCAGCCUCUACGCCCGGAGUGUGCCAGUACUAGAACUACACACCCAUGGAAAAUAUCAUCAACUGAUCUUCCAGAAACAACUCCAGCCACUGUAGUACCGGGCAAAAUGUGUGACGUGGCUAAACCCAACAUUCAUCACCCCACGGACUGCCGGCUGUUCUACCAGUGUGUGGACACCCCUGCUGGGGCGCAGCAGGUGCAGAAGAGGUGUGGUCCGGGCACUUGGUACAACCCUGUCAGCAUGGUGUGUGACUGGCCCCAGGUGGUGCAGCCUCUACGCCCGGAGUGUGCCAGUACUAGAACUACACACCCAUGGGAAAUUUCAUCAACUGAACUUCCAGAAACAACUCCAGCCACUUUAGUACCGGGCAAAAUGUGUGACGUGGCUAAACCCAAGAGUCCUCACCCCACGGACUGCCGGCUGUUCUACCAGUGUGUGGACACCCCUGCUGGGGCGCAGCAGGUGCAGAAGAGGUGUGGUCCGGGCACUUGGUACAACCCUGUCAGCAUGGUGUGUGACUGGCCCCAGGUGGUGCAGCCUCUACGCCCGGAGUGUGCCAGUACUAGAACUACAAACCCAUGGAAAAUAUCAUCAACUGAACUUCCAGAAACAACUCCAGCCACUGUGGUACCGGGCAAAGUGUGUGACGUGGCUAAACCCAAGAGACCUCACCCCACGGACUGCCGGCUGUUCUACCAGUGUGUGGACACCCCUGCUGGGGCGCAGCAGGUGCAGAAGAGGUGUGGUCCGGGCACUUGGUACAACCCUGUCAGCAUGGUGUGUGACUGGCCCCAGGUGGUGCAGCCUCUACGCCCGGAGUGUGCCAGUACAAGAAGAACAACCACAAGUGUGCCCAUCUACCCGACAACUGCAGUGUGUCCACCCGGAGAGAAUUGGGAAGAAUGUGCUGUACCUUGUGAAAAGAUGUGCCAGUAUUACGACUACGUUGCGCGUGAAUCGGGAGAGUGCCUUUCUCCAUACGGCUGUCUCAAAGGUUGCCGACCAGUGAGUGGAGAAUUUGACUGUCCUGCAGAAAAUUUGUGGCGUGAUGAAGUAACUUGUGUGUCAGUGGCUGACUGUACUUGCGUCUCUAGAAAUGGAUCUCUUGUGAAGCCAGGAAUGCCGUACUGGGAGUCGGAGUGUGAAGUUUGCCAGUGCACGAGCAACAAGUACGUCUGUGACAGCUCCCGUUGCACGUCGCACACCGCACAAACUGCGACCACGCGGUUGCCGCCGACUUCGACUCCGAACAUCGUGACGGCGCACGAGACGCCGAGGGGCACCAUGGGGAACGGCAGCGUCGUAGUCACCACCACUCCAGUUUCAGUCGGCAAGACGAUCGUCAUCAUCAUCCCCACAUCCACAACCCCACCGUUUCUGUGCGACAAGGAGAAUCUAAUACACCUCAUUGAUGGACCGAAACCUUUACUGCCCUCUGCUCUUACGGCCAGCAGUUACCUAUCUCCAGAGUUUUCACCUCAGGCCGGACGGAUAGGCAACCAGAGUCAACCCUCAGGGUACAGCUGGACAGCGCAGCACUCGGACAAGCAGCAGUACCUGCAGGUGGACCUGGGUCGCGAGGAGCCCGUGUACGGGGCGGUGGUGCAGGGCAGCCCCCUCACCGGCGAGUACGUGUCGAGCUACAAGGUCCUGCACAGCCUGGACGGCCAGGAGUACAGCUACGUCACCGGCGGGAACAACCAGCCCGUGGUGUUCCGCGGGCCCCUGGACGGCAGGCGGCCGGUGGUGCAGAUGUUCCGCGACCCGGUGGAGGCGCGCUACGUCCGCUUCGUCCCGGAGACGUGGCACGGGGCGAUAUCCAUGAAGGUGGACCUGGUCGGCUGCGGCAAGGAGCGGCCGCUGACCACCGCCGCCGCCACGCGCGGCUCGUUCCGGCCGUCAACCACGCCCGCCAUCGUCACCACGAGCGGGCGGACCAGCCCGGUCCCCCCGACCCACCCGUCGACGCACGUCACGUCAAAGCCCGAAACGUGCGUCGAACCCAUGGGCGUGGCGAGCGGGGACUUGCCGUCCAGCCAGAUGACCGCGUCCUCGGCGCUCGGCAACGACGCGGCGAGGUACGGCCCCGCCGAGGCGCGGCUGAACCGCGAGCGGGACCUGGAUCACGGGGGCGCUUGGGUGCCGGCCACCAGCACGCCAAACGAGUGGAUACAGUUUGACUUCUUGGAGCCUCGGUACUUGACCGGCGUGAUCACGCAAGGGCUCGCUGGUGGCCAGAAGUGGGUGGAAGCAUACAAGGUGCUCUACAGUCACGACGGGCAGACGUGGAACCCUGUUACCAACCAAGAUGGGAUCGAAAGGGUUUUUCCGGCAAAUUUUGACGGCGACACUGAGCAGACAAACCACUUCAGGAACACCAUUCGAGCCCAGUACCUCCGAAUAGUUCCAGUGAUGUGGCACAACGCCAUCGCAAUGAGGAUCGAAGUCCUGGGGUGCUUCUUUCCGUACCCUGAAGUUUCUUCCACCCCGUCCGCGGGCACAACCACCCCCACCGCGCCGACGGGCCCCACUCCCUCGUGUCAGCUCUGCCCCACGCUGCCGCGAGACUCCGUGGGCGCCGACAAGUGCAACUGCUCCAACCGUCAGAGCUGGGACGGGGAGAAAUGUGUCGCCACGGUGGAAUGCCCGUGCUUCGUCGGCAGCCAGUCGUACCAGCCUGGAGCGAUGUUCUUCUCGGAGACAUGCGAGCAGUGCAUGUGUACUCUGGACGGCAUCACUCGGUGCGAGAGCAGGAUACCCUGCGACCACUGCGGAGAUGACUUGCAGAGCAUGGUUACGCCCUCGUGCGGGUGCGUCUGCAAGCCGUGUCCCCCCGACACCAAGCUCUGCCCGACCAGCAACGUGUGCGUCCGCGAGCUGCUGUGGUGCGAUGGUGUGGAGGACUGCCCUGAUGACGAGAGGAGCUGCCCCACCACCACCCCUGUGCCCUCCACCCGCGUCGCCACGCGCGAGACGACCCUCCCCACCACUGUGCCUCCCCUGGAGACCACGGCCGCCACCCCGUCCCACGUCGAGACCACCCCGGAGAAAGAGCACACGGUGCCGACUGUCGCAGCCACCCCUCCGACGCCGCUUGAAACCACGACCACCGGGCUGCCUCCUUGUCCUGAGCUUACCUGCCCUCCUGGUUACAAAGCCAGAAUCGUCCAAGGUACAAAAACGAAGACGAGUCCUUUCAAGAGCUCCAGAAAGAAGACGUACAGUUCGCUGGGGAAAUAUAAAGGUGUCCGCAAGGUGAAGGGCGGCUCCCUGCCUCCCCCGGGGAAGACCAUGGUGCAGAUCUGCCCCCGCGUCAUAUGCGACCCCUUGCCGAAGGAGUGCUCGAAGCAGCCGACCUGCCAGAGAGGGACGUACCCCGUGGCGUCGGGCUACAUCCCCAACGGGCCCAACAGCAUGUGCUACCAGUACACUUGCGAGGCCUACCCGGCGGUGUGCAACGUCACGGGCCGCACGGUCGUCACCUUCGACAGCACCGAGUACCAUUACGACUUCUGCGACCACGUGCUGGCCCGGGACACGGAGCACAACAACUGGGCCGUAUACGUGUACAAGGAUUGUUCAACAUCAGUAUUGUGUUCAGCAUUCAUCACUGUCAUUCAUGAUGCGCAAGAGAUAAAACUAUAUAGUGAUCAGCGAGUUGGCAUUGAUGGCCAUACUUAUAAUGCAGACCAGGUGCAGAACAUGGAAUAUCAAGACUACGCAAUUUACAAAGUUGGAGAUUCUCUGCAUAUGAUCUCCUUCACUUAUCUUUUCUGGGUCACCAUUAACUCGCAGGCCAAUGUGAUGGUUGGGGUGGAAGGCUCGCUGUUUGGUCGUGUGGACGGGCUGUGUGGCUUCUUCGACGGCUUGCUGGAGGACGACAAGAGAAAGUCUGACGGCUCGCUGGCUCACACGACGAAAGAGUUCGGCAACAGCUGGGCCCGCAACAACAACUCGGAAGCCUGCCGUCCCGAGACGUGCCCCUUGGAGACGAGGGAGAAGGCUUUCAAAAUGUGCUCCGUAGUGAGGGAGAAGCCACUGUCCCUGUGCAAGGACAGGGUCAAGGUGGACCAGUUCGUCGCGCGGUGCGUCCAGUCUGUGUGCAGCUGCCUGCUGUCCAACAGCUCGGACGCGGACUGCAAGUGCAAGGCGCUCGCCAACUUCGUGACGGACUGCCAGAUGGCCGACAGCGGCGUAGACCUGUCCUCGUGGAGAGUCGCGCACGACUGCCCGUCGUCGUGCCCGCCCGAGCUGGUGCACUACGAGUGCUACCGCCGCCAGUGCGAGCGCAGCUGCAGCAACCUGCAGGAGGAGGACCCCUGCCCCCCCACCUCCAUCUGCUUCCCCGGCUGCUUCUGCCCCGAGGGCCUGGUGCGCGACAAGGACCGGUGCGUCAAGCCGUCCCAGUGCCGCGACUGUGUGUGUGAUGGUUUCGGAGACCCACAGUACAUAAGUUUCGAUAGAACCAAUUUUGCUUUCAAUGGGAACUGCACAUACGUCGCUGCACGGGAUGUCAAAGAGAACGGCAUUCAUGAUUUUGAGGUUCUGGUGACUAAUGGCAAGUGUAACCACGACCAGAAGUCAACGUGUACGAAAGCCGUCUCCAUCUUGUUUGAAGACCAUGCCAUUGGCAUUGCUGCUAGUGAAGCAGACUACGCGUUGGAAGCAAUGGUGGAUGGCAAUGUCGUAACCAACUACCCUCUGAACAGCGAUUGGCUUAUCCUCGAUGGCAGCCCUGAGAAAAAGUUGACCAUUUUCAUCCCAAAGAUACAGCUGGAGGUGUCGUACUUUUUUGAAAAUUUUGGUUUCGUCGUACGGCUGCCAUCCCAUCUGUAUGGUGGCAAGACUGAAGGCCUAUGUGGGAACUGCAACCACGACCCCGCGGACGACUUGAGGACCAGCGAGGGCGCGCUGACCAACGACACAGACCAGUUCGGCAUGAGCUGGCUCCAGGCGGAGCUGUCCAGCAGGGAGGAGUGCAGGAACGCUCCCCCCACGCGCUGCCAGCCGCUGCCGUCCGACGAAGACGUCUGCCAGAACCUGCUUGACGACGCCCGCUUCGGGGAGUGCCACGCCAUCGUCAACCCGGAGCCGUACCACGAGGCGUGCAAGUCGGACGUGUGCAACAGCACAGAGGCGGUGGCGGUGGCGUGCCGCGUGUUCGAGGCGUACGCCCGGGAGUGUCUGCGGGAGGGCGUGUGCGUGAGCUGGCGGUCCAGGCACAUCUGCCCCUACCGCUGCGACGAAGGCCUGGAGUACAGGUGUGGUUCCGGCUGCACGGAAACCUGUGAUAACUACGAGCAGUACAGGAAGAACCCGUCGUCCUGUUUGCUCAGCAAGGUCGACAGCUGCUUCUGUCCAGCUGGAAAGGUGUUGCGAAAUGGAACAUGCGUGGAAGAGUCUCGCUGCAAGCCGUGUGAUGAAAACGGACACUACUCCGGAGACAAGUGGAAUGCCGAUGCUUGCACCGAAUGCUCAUGCACUGGCACGAUGCUGGAGUGCAAGAAGACCACGUGUCCGCCGGUGGACCGGAUGUGUAAUCCGCCCUUGGUCCCUGUGGUCAUCGCAAAUGCUUCUGACACUCGCUGCUGCCCAGACUACUCUUGCAGACCUGCUGAUGUAAAUCCACCGUGCCCGGAGGUGCAGAAGCCGAACUGCAGAGAUGACCAGGUCUCAGAACUGAUAACAAAGGCUGACAAUUGCCCCACGUACAUCUGCCGCUGCAAGACGUCGGAGGAGUGCCUCCGGGACUCGGAGGCGGAGAUGGAGUUGGGCGUCAUGGCCCAGGACGAGCCCCCGCUCAGCCCCGGGUUCCAGCUCGUGCUCGACACGUCCGGCUGCUGCGAGCGGAGCGUCCGCGUCUGCAACCGGACCGCCUGCCCCGGGCCCCCGCGCUGCCCGCAGUUCCACGACCUGGCGGAGCUGCCCGCAUCGGAGGGGCUGUGCUGCCCCUCGCACUCUUGCGAACCUCCAACUGAUGUCUGUCUCUACGAAUAUGAAUAUAUUGCCAACUCGAAAGGCGGUGAAAGGAAACGAAACCAUACUGAAAAGUUCACCGUGAAAAAAGCGCCCGGGAGCUCCUGGCAGGACGGCCCGUGCCGAGAGUGCCGCUGCGCCGGGGACGCGCCCGGGGAGUACCGCCCUGCCUGCUCCGUGACGCGCUGCGCACGGCCGGAGGACGAUCCCGGCGCGGCCGACUACGUGCUGGACCUCGUGCCGGUCCGCGGCCAGUGCUGCCCCGAGGCGGCGCGCGUCGCCUGCCGGGACGACGACGGCAACGUCCAUCAGGCAGGUGUCACCUGGCCUUCGUCGUCGGGCGACCGAUGCAAGAUUGUCUCGUGCCAGUCUGCUGCGGAUGGUAAUGUGCAGAAGGUCACAAUCGAGAGAAGUUGCAUCAAGUCCUGCGAUCUGGGUUUCCGGUACGAGCCGUCCCCUCCGGAGUCCGCCGAGUGUUGCGGGCAGUGCAAGCAGGUGGCGUGUGUCGACGACGGGAAGCUGUACGAGAAGGACUCCACCUGGUACUCACCAGACCACUGCACCAAAUACAACUGCCGCAGCGCAAACGGAUCCUUCCAAGUGCUUUCGGAGACGAAAUCUUGCCCCGAAGUCUCGCCAGAAGAGCGGUCCAACUACGUCGUGGAGGAAGUAUCGGUGCCUGGAGAGUGUUGCAAGACGAUAAAGAGAACUCAGUGCAAAGAAGGGGACAGGGUGUAUGAGAUUGGUGACACAUGGCCAUCACCUGUAGAGAAAUGCAAGAGCUACAGAUGCGUAGCGACUGGAACAGACAAUCAGGCCCAGAAGGAAGUAUUCGAAAAAACUUGUGAUGAAGACUGUGAAAAGGGGUACGAGUACCAGCCGGCGGAGGCUGGCUCGGGCAAGUGCUGCGGCCGGUGCGUGCAGGCGGGCUGCCUCGUGAACGGGACCCUGUACCGGGACGGCGACACGUGGAAGGGCAAUUGCACCUCCUUCACCUGCGACCUGAAGGAAGACCAGUUCCAAAUCACAAACGUGUUCCCGUGCGUGGACGACAACAGCUGCCCCAAGGAGAGCCGGUAUUCCGACGGCUGCUGUUGGAAGUGCAACGUAACCUCGACCAUCACUCCCAUAAAGAACUGCAUGCCAAAGUCGCUGGCUCCCGAGAACACAGUGCGGCUGAUCAAACACCGUUCGGAACAUGGGCUGUGUGUGAACGAGUACCCUGUGGAGGGCUUCGCGGAGUGCGACGGCAACUGCCAGUCAUACACAUCGUACAAUUCAGCGACCAACCACCACGACAGCAACUGCCGUUGCUGCCAGCCUUCGAGGUUUGGCCAGAUCUCGGUGGACCUGACGUGCGAGCACGGUGGCUUCGUCCUGAUUGGCCACAACGUGUCCGUGCCGACGGACUGCGAAUGCCGGUCUUGCUCGGGCGGGGCAGAUGAGUCUGGCGAGACGGACUACGGACAACCUGUCCCAGACAUUGUGUACUAGGAAGACCACACUUGCAACAUUGAGAGAACUAUGCAAACUAGAGUCCCGUUAGUCCGGAUGAAGAGAGGUUAUGUGAAAUCUACAUCAGUUUAUAGGUUAACAUACACAGUAGUAUUAAAACUAUAAUUAAACUGUAGGAAAAAUUGUAUUUAAGGAAGUAAAACCCAUCGAUUGUUAUAGUUUCACUCAUAUUAACCUUGUAAGGUAUGCACUGUUUAUUCCGGACAGUAUUAGCAGGACUCAACUGUUUUACAAAUGUCUGUUCAUUCAUCUUGAAAUAAAAAAACACAACUUUACAAAAUCGCUAGUAUUUAAAAAAAAAUUCACAGCAUAUUUUUAUAAUAUGUUGCAAGCAAAAAUUAUUGCAGGGCUGUUUGUUUUAAUGUAUGUAAUGUAUAACAUUACACUUCUUAAUUUAUUUACUAUAAUGCUAGUUUUAAUUUCUCAGUAGUAAGUACAGGUGGGGUACAAAUUUGGUGUUGCUUUUGUUCUUGUAUUCAUACAUGCUUAGACUAACAGAGCAAAUAAUAGCAUUUAAAGGAAACCAAUGUCCAAUCAAAACUGUGAUGAUAGUGUUGUUACGUACCCUGUAAAUAAAUUAUUUUGCCAA